ACUCGACGGCCACCAAACCAAAAAAGCGCCACUCCUGCAACCAAAGCUGACAUGGAGGAGCCCCCCAACGACAGCCUCAUCGAGUGCGCGUGUUGUUUCGGCGACUGUGAGUUUGAGAAGAUGGCCCAGUGCUCCGAGGGUCACCUCGUCUGCAUCAACUGCCUGCAGAGCUACACCAGGGAGGCUGUCUUUGGCGCGGGGAAGGUGAACUUAGACGCUGCCUUCCUAAUCAGACUUUGAAAAAGUAUGAGGAAAAAGCCCUGGACGAUAAUCUAAGACAGGCUGCAAUUGAAAAUCUUGUUAAGUGUCCACACUGCGAUUAUGCAGCGGAGUUGUCCCCUAGGAUUAAGGUCUUAGAGUGUGCAAAUGACGCUUGUCUACAGGCAACAUGCAGGGACUGCAAAACUAACUGGGUGGAACACAAGGGCCUCAGUUGUGACGAAAUCGAACAAAAAGAUGAGACUGCAUUGAGGAAAAAAUAUGAAGAAAAGAUGACUGAAGCUAAGGUGAGGACAUGCAGCAAAUGCUUUGCUCAGUUCACAAAGGACAAGGGAUGUAACAAGAUGAUAUGCCGCUGUGGAAUGAGCAUGUGCUACAUAUGCCGAAAGUCUAAGAUUACCUACAAACAUUUUUGCCAGCAUGUGAGAAACCCUGGAGAAGGCUGCAAAACUUGCAACAACUGUUCACUGUGGACUAAUCCAGAGGAAGAUGAUGAGAGGGCCAUUGCAGAGUUACAAAAAGAAGGUCAAGAAAAGAAGAAGACUUUGGGGUACAAUGAAAAGAUUGUUAUUGGCAUGCCAGAUGAAAAGACUGUCAAUGACCUGUUGGGGGAAACUGAAGUCAAAUCUAUUCCAGUUGACUUGGACAAUACUGUGCCAGAGAGGAGGCAGAUUCUGAAUGAAAGAGAAGCACCUCCACAAAAUCUACUUCACCAGUGUAUAAAAAACCUUCUCCAUUUCACCACUAGAGUAUUGCCAUCUCAAUCUUCAUAAUUGAAGUGAAAUUUUUAUGCAGGGCAUGGUUGUCAGGACAAACGUAUGUAAAAAUCAUCACUGUCGCAAGCAAUUCAUUUAAGUCAAAAUUUUGAGAAUUUUCAAUUUUUACAUCCUCCCAAAUCUCAAUUCAAAAAAUGUAUCUUUCAAUAUCACCAAAAUGCGGUUUAACUUUAACGCUAAGGUCAAGGCUUAAAAUGUUCUUGCUUUUUGUAAUUUCUGAUAGGAAUUAUCACAAAAACUAGUUUUUUUUGGUCUCUGGUAUAAAAAGUACUCAUACAGAAUUAAGUGGAUGCUUGCAAAACUGACAAAAUACGGCUGGAUAAUGGUAUCACUCACCUGGAACAGACCUUUUCUUGCACAAUCAUAGAUACCCUGAUACAGUACAUGUUAUAGAAGCCGCUUAACUCUUUAUCUCCGGCAAGCUGCUCCCAGCAGCUCAUGGUCGGAACGGCUGUGCCAGUGAGCCACUGACAGCAGCUCGUCGUAUUUCUUUACAACUUUGGCAUCAAAUUACUUUUGGCAAUUGCAGAAAACAGAUCUCUUUUACUGGGAAUUCGUUCUUUAGAUGAAAAACUGUCAAAAUAGGUUCACUUGUUUUCAUUUGAUGAUCAAUUUAAUUACACUUUUAGAUUUAGUAUUAAAAAAAGGGCCCCGGUGUAGUGGGUUUACCCCCCCUCGGCGAUAUAGAGUUAAUCCAACAUCUAUGGUGUAGUGAUAGCAGUUUCAUUGUCGCACGCAGAAGACCCAAGUUCAAUUCCUGAGUGGGGAGAAAUUCUUAUAAAGUACCUCAUUGUAGUUUUUUCUCUCUCAACCUGUGUUGGCCCUGACAGGCAGGGUGGAAAGCCUGAUUCCUAAAUGGUCUAAACUGUGUCGAUUGGCGGAUAAAAACACCUACAUUUAUAGAAAAAGAAAAAACAAGCUUCUUUUGGUGUAUUGGAAACUGCUUACUUCUGCAUUCAAACUCCCUCUUCACAUUAUGAUUUGAGUUAAUAAACGUAUAGAUCUAUAUGGUUAACACAAUUUAUUUUUUUUAUGUGACCGUAGAAAAUUUUCUAGUUCCUAUUAAAUCUGACAUUUUGUAUAUUAUUGUUCGUUGUGUAUGAAAAGAAUGCUUCUCUAUAAUAGAAAUAAGCAUACAAUACAUAUUUGAGAAUGUUCAUUGAAGUUGUUCACAAUUCAAAAAGCAUACUGUGUAUUCUCAAUACAAUAGUGUCCGCCUAAACGCACGGUGCUUGGGAGGGCUCCUUAGCGUCUGUUUAUACGGAGCAUGCGUAUACACCCUUGCAAAGGGAGAAAGGCACGCAGUCAUCUCAUUGCCUUGAUCUUCUAGUUACCUCCCUUUGGGAGGGGGGGUCACUUCAAGCCGAUAAUGUGAUCACCCGUGACUGUUUUGUGAAGGAUUCCCCAACUGCGGUUAAGAAUACAAAGGUGUUGAAAUGGGUG